CUUGUCAAAAGAAAGCUGUUUAUCUUGUUUUCAUUGAUGAGUCAGAAUCGAAAUAGAAAAACAAACCCAGCGAGUCACCGAAGUUAAGCAUUUAAUUUUAUAGAUUUUUAUCACUCUAACGGGCAAAUCGGAUCAUCUCCGGCGACAAAAUGGACUGGCUGUUCGGUAAGAAAAUGUCCCCGGACGAGAUGAUGCGGAAGAAUCAACGUGCCCUGAAUAAGGCGAUGCGAGAUUUGGAUCGGGAGAAAAUGAAGAUGGAACAGCAGGAGAAAAAAAUCAUCGCCGACAUUAAAAAGCUCGCCAAGGAAAAUCAAAUGGAUGCCGUCAAAAUAAUGGCCAAGGAUCUGGUUCGGACGCGACGCUACGUCCGGAAGUUUAUGCUGAUGAAGGCCAACAUCCAGGCGGUUUCGCUGAAGAUCCAAACGCUGAAAUCUCAGAACGCAAUGGGUGAGGCAAUGAAGGGCGUUACAAAGGCGAUGACCAACAUGAAUCGACAGCUAAAUCUGCCGCAAAUUCAAAAGAUUUUGCACGAGUUCGAGAAGCAAUCGGAAAUUAUGGAUAUGAAGGAGGAAAUGAUAAACGACGCCAUGGAUGAUGCGAUGGAGGACGAAGGCGACGAAGAGGAAACCGAUGCCAUCGUGUCUCAGGUUCUAGACGAAUUAGGUCUGCAGCUAAACGAUCAGCUAUCCGGUUUACCACAGGCGUCCGGCUCGCUUGCAGUGUCUGCAGGUAUGAAGGCUCCCCAAGCAGCAGCUGUAGGUACGGGAGGAGCAGUGAGUGGUCCUGGAGGAGCUAAUUCACCAGUGUCAGAUGCGGAUGCCGAUUUACAGGCCCGCUUGGAUAAUCUGCGAAGAGAGUAGUCGUACUGGUGGCGAAAUGGCCGUAAUUUCCGUUUGUCACCUCAUCAUUUUCACUUGCUGGUCACGCUUCAGAAGAUUUCUAAAGUUAGUGGACGGAUAGCGUGUGUUAUGCCGUUGAUUUUAUUUAGUGAUCAGGGCGAAUAAAAGCCUCACAUUGCGAUUGCACUGCAGAAUGCAUAUGAAGAUUAUAAUCAAACAUUUAUUCUUUUAUUUUAUGCUUGUGUGUAUGAUAAAACAUCUGGAAUGUCUUGAACGUAUGUAAAUUUAAAUAAAGACUAAUAUGUUGCCUUCAGGA